AUGGACCGUUUGCUCUCCCGACCAGGUGGAUUCACUGAAGACGAAUACGAGCCUGGCGCCAUCCCCAUCAGCAAUAUCGAAAACUUCCGAGUCCUGGUCAUCGGUGCUGGCGGUUUGGGCUGCGAGAUCCUCAAGAAUCUGGCGUUAAGCGGCUUCCGCAAGAUUGAUGUGAUCGACAUGGACACCAUCGACGUCUCCAAUCUCAACCGCCAGUUCCUCUUUCGCGAAAAAGACGUGGGCAAGCCCAAGGCCACCGUUGCUGCCGAAUUUGUCUCCAGGCGGGUGCCCAGUUGCAAAAUCAAUGCAUACGUCGGUAAGAUCCAGGACAAGGACGAGGACUACUACAUGCAAUUCAACAUCAUCAUCUGUGGCCUCGACAGCAUCGAGGCCCGGCGAUGGAUCAACGCCACGCUGGUUGGCAUGAUCGACAUGGGAAACCCCGACAGCCUCAAGCCGCUCAUCGAUGGCGGUACGGAAGGCUUCAAAGGCCAGUCGAGGGUCAUCUUGCCCACCAUGACCUCGUGCAUCGAGUGUCAGCUCGACAUGCAUGCGCCACGAGCAGCCGUCCCGCUGUGCACCCUGGCCACCAUUCCACGUCAACCCCAACAUUGUAUCGAGUGGGCACACAUCAUCAAGUGGGAAGAGGACCGAAAAGACAUUCCCCUCGACACCGACGACCCCGAGCACAUCACCUGGCUCUACCAAAAAGCUCUUCUGCGUGCCCAGGAAUUCGGCAUCCAAGGUGUCACGUACAGCCUGACGCAGGGCGUGGUCAAAAACAUCAUCCCCGCCAUUGCCAGCACCAACGCCAUCAUCGCUGCCAGCUGCUGCAACGAAGCCUUCAAACUCGCCACAUCCUCUGCCCCUUUCCUCGGCGCACCCGGCACGAACAACUACAUGCAAUACACUGGCGACAGCGGCGUCUACACCUACACCUUCGAGCACGAGCAGAACCCGGCUUGUCCAGUGUGUGGCAAUCUUCCCCGCGAUCUGACCAUCAACCCGGACACUACGCUUCAGGAGCUGGUCGAUAGUUUCGCCGAGCGCCCCGAAAGCCAACUCAAGAAACCCAACAUGCGGACGGAGGAGAAGACGCUCUACUACUCCGCCCCGGAGAGUCUGAGGAUGCAGACCGAGGGCAACCUGAAGAGGAAGCUAAGCGAACUGCUCGCCGACGGGGAGGAGAUGGCGGUCAGCGAUCCCGCCUUUGCGAUCGACUUCCGCUACAAGGUCCGGUUCUCUUAG